AUGGAGCACCAAACUUUGUGGUUGAAAUAUGGUUCACCUGUCAUCCGAGUCGGACCUGGCCAUGUUCAUAUCAAGGACAUCGACGCAUACGAAACGUUUGUCCCCGUGAAUCUGAUCGCGUGUAUACUUUCUCUGACUAUUCCCAGAGUAUUUCGCAAUGGCACCAACUUCGAAAAGGAUCAUGUUUUCUACACGUGUGCCGACAAUGACGGCUCCAUCUUCUCUCUCAGCAACCGAGACGAGCACAAGGCACGAAGGAAAGCACUCAGUCCGCGCUUUUCCAAACAGGCAGCGGAGGCUGAUGCUCCUGGAAUUUUGACUCAAAUUCAGAAAUUGGAAAGUUUCUUGGUUCGGCAUUCAAACAAGGGAAAAUCCUGCAACGUCAGCGACCUCUUCCGUGUAUUUGGGAUCAACAUCGUGGCGAAAACACUGCUCGGUGACUGCAAAGAUCUGGUUGAUUAUGAAGAGGCUAAGCCUGAACUUCUUGAAACCAUAGACGGGCUCUCUGGCAUGAUUCCCACGCUAAGGUUCUUCCCGUAUAUGGGAACACUUAGCAGCAUCGUGCCAUCCUUUUUGGCAGACCGUUUAACCCCAGCUGGUGUUCUGAGCUUCAAGAAGGCAUGUGAAGACUAUACGCGAUCAAGGAUGGAGAAGCCCCUGCGCAGUGAUGUUGAGCGCAGUCGCUCUUCAGUAAUUGAGAUACUCAUGGCCCACAGUCUCGAAACAACGGGGAAACCCCCGAAGCUUGAUUAUCUCACUGCAGAGGCUUUCACUUUUAUUGAUGCUGGAGUCGAUACUGCGGGACGAACGCUGGCAGCAGCAGUGUACUACAUACUUCAAACCCCAGGCGUGGAGGAUAGGCUUAGAGAAGAGCUGGAUAGCUCCUUGACAUGGGGCUCCGAGAGCACCGAAAGCAUUGUGCGGAAAGUGGGAAAGCUGACUUAUCUGAAUGCGGUCAUCAAGGAGGCACACCGUAUUUGGCCAUCUCUUCCUGGGCCAUUACCCCGGGUCGUUCCCUCGGAAGGGUUACACAUCGGGUCCUAUUUUAUUCCACCAGGUACGGUAAUAUCCGCGACUCAUCAUUCGAUGCAUUUCGACGAGGAAAUUUUUCCGGAACCCGAGAUCUUCAAACCUGAGCGAUGGCUGCGCGAUGACAGGACAGACCCAGACCGAUAUCUCAACCCCUACAGCCGAGGAAGCCGGGCUUGUAUUGGAAUAAAGUAG